UUCCUUCGUUUUCCGAGGACAAACAAAGUAAAUAACCAAUAAAAGGAACUAACCCCAUUGUAGAAGAAGAAGAGGAGAGAGUCCUUUUCGGAAAAAAUUUUUUAGGUCUCUCAGAAUCUCUUCCUGGUCCAAGGGUUUUCUUGAAUUUGACUACUGUGGAAGAGAUCUCUGUGGGGGAAAUGGAGUCUUUAUGGAAGUUAACGUUUUUAUUUGCACCAGCACCAAUGGUUCUUAUCUUAACAGCAAUUGCAGUGACAUUUGCAGCUGCACAAAGGGCAUUGUAUUAUAGGAAAGAAAUGGAAAGGAAUCGAGAUUUCUCUGAAGCGUCGAUUACAUUAGAUCGAUCGCAAGCUCUUAUGAUCCCGAUUAUGAGUUCAUGUAGUUUGAUUUUGUUGUUCUAUUUGUUCUCGUCAGUCUCACAGUUUCUCACUGCAUUUACAGCGGUGGCGUCAAUGUUUUCGCUCUACUUUUGCUUCUCGCCUUAUGUCAGUGUUAUUAAUACGAAGCUUGGGAUUGCUGACCCGUACUUAUCAAGGUGUUGUUCAAAGUCUUUUACUAGGACACAAGGUGUUCUUGUUGGGGUUUGUGUAGGGACUGUUAUUUCUUGGCUUGUUACUGGUCAUUGGGUAUUGAACAACUUAUUGGGGAUAUCCAUUUGCAUUGCGUUUGUUAGUCAUGUUCGGCUUCCGAAUAUCAAAAUUUGUGCAUUGCUUUUGGUUUGCUUGUUCGUGUAUGAUAUAUUCUGGGUUUUCUUCUCCGAGAGGUUCUUUGGAGCUAAUGUUAUGGUUUCUGUGGCUACACGACAAGCAUCGAAUCCUGUUCACACUGUGGCGAACAGUUUGAGUCUUCCCGGUCUUCAAUUGAUAACUAAGAAGUUGGAAUUGCCAGUGAAGAUUGUGUUUCCCAGGAGUUUGAUGAGUGGUGCAGGCUCUGGGAGCGAUUCGGCGGAUUUCAUGAUGCUUGGUCUUGGUGAUAUGGCUAUUCCUGGCAUGCUUUUGGCGCUGGUUCUCUGUUUUGAUCAUCGAAGGACCAGGGAUUCAGCGACCCCUAUGGAAUUAUCCUCAACCAAAGGCCAAAAGUACAUCUGGUAUGCGGUUUGUGGAUAUGCUAUUGGGCUGGUAACUGCUUUAGCGGCUGGCAUCUUGAGUCAGUCACCUCAACCUGCUCUUCUUUAUCUGGUUCCUUCGACAUUGGGCCCAGUCAUGAUCAUUUCAUGGUUCAGGAAAGAACUCGUGGAACUUUGGGAAGGAAAUGAAGAAACCUUGAAUGAUAAAUCACAUGUUUCAGAGGUCUAAACUGUCCUCUCUUUCAAGUUCCAACAUAGUUAUUGCAGUGGUUCCUGCCGAGCUCAUGCCUCUAUAUAUCUGUAAAUUUCCACAGGAUAGAGCUGUUGUUAUGUUUUUCCCUUCUUUUUCUCGUUGUUGGUAAUCCUAGUAGUAGUAGUUCUUGUUAAAAGAAAAAAGCAAAAACAGAACAUGGUAAUAACAAAUUAAUGUUCAAGUUCCCUUGAAAAAUCUUCUUAUAGCUGCAACCACUGUCUCCCUCUGUGUAUAAAAAAGAACUAUGAUUUUGGGC